GGGCUGCACGGAUCGAUCCCUCGCUCGGUUUUCAGCGCCGAAUUGCUCGGAUUUGAGGAUCGGACGCGUCGAGGUGCGUGGAGAUGAGUGUGGAAGUGGAGAGGAAGUUUUUGUGCAACGCCGACACCCUGAAAACACUGGAGGAGAUCGGGGUUUGUGUUGGCCAGCGGGACUUUCGUGACCAGUACUUUGACACCCCAGAGUUUGACCUGACUUUGAGAGACAUGUGGCUGCGUAAACGUAAAGGAUGCUGGGAGCUCAAGUGCCCGACAGCGGCGUCCAGCGGGACCGCAGAGCUGAGCGGGGAACAAUCUCAAGCGGCAGCGCUGUGCACUCGUUACAAGGAGAUAACCAAUCUGCCUGAAAUUCACCUGAUAGUGAAGGAGGUCGUAAAAGACUCCUGUGAGGUCAGAGAGACAGAGGAGAGCGGCUCAGAGGGGGAAGAGUCUUGGCUGAGCAGCAUGAAUCUGGUUUGCUUUGCAGAGUUCACAACAGUGCGGCGGUCAUUCACUUUAGAGGAGGAGGGGGUGCAGAUAGAUCUGGACCAAGCUGACUUUGGCUAUCAUGUGGGAGAGAUAGAGGUCCUCAUACCAGAGGGAGGAGAUGUGCAAUCUGCACUGGAGAAGAUCAGAAAAACAGCUCAGCAGCUGGGCCUGACUGGAGAUCAGCGAGUUGAAGGCAAAAUGAACGUUUACCUUAAAAGAAACCAUCCAGAGCACUACGCCAAACUGCUGAGCGCACAUGUUUUGUAAAAGAUAUUAAUCUGUGAAAAAGGUUUUAACUGUACAGUCGUAGCUGUAAAAUGGAGGAAUUAUUUAUUAGAAAAGUUGAACAAACUUUAUUGAAAUUCAAUCGUGUCUACAAUCGUGAAGAUUCUUAAAACAAACCUGAUUAUCUUGAAGUUUUUGUGCACCUCGAACAAGUUUUUGUUGUUGUUGUUGUUCUAGCUAUAAUAUGAGCAGUAUAUGAACACAGUAAAUAUCUGGGGUAUCACACUGUCAGUCUACCACUGAUGAUGAUUGUUUUCUCACUGUGAAUAAAGACAUGGAGUCACACAAAGACACUCCCACAUGAGGAGCUGGUCACUCUGUGGUUCACAAUGUGUGUCAAAGGUUGCCCUGAAGUCUCAGCGCUGGGACGCCACUCCUGCUGAUUUCAUAGUGAAGAAACCUCCCCGCUCUCAUUACACAUCUACUGUCUCUGCAUCUAAGUCGUUUAUAAUCAUUCAUUUUAAAUGUUUGGCACUGUGUUUGACCUGUAACCUGUUCUUAUAUUUUUAUUCUUUGUAUUUGCAGGAGUCUACUUUUACAUACCAGCCUGCUUCACACAUCUUAUCUUAUCUGUCAGUGACUUAGUUUUUAGCUUUAGUUUCUGACUUCCAGGAUAUUAAUGAUUAAUUAAUUAAUUUAUUCCUAACCAGUGUAUUCAUUUUACUUUGUUAAAACCUAUGUCUAUAAAUUGACACAACAAACAGGGUUUUGAAGGACGAACUACACGCCAUCCCACAAACAACAACGCAAUAUCUUUUGUCACUUUUGUUUGCCGUAGUAGUUUUAUCAAGUCUUCUAUUAAAAUAACGGAGCUGACGACUAUUUCCAAAUAAGGCUGUGACACCACACAAUUAUUAAAAAGACUCACAACAGCGAUGUUAUUGUGAUAUCGAUAGAAAAUCUGAAUAAAGCAAUCAGUCAAAUUGA